UCAAAUACAUUUAUCUGUCAAAUUUGGUCAGCCAAACGAAGUGAACGGAAUAAUGUUUUUAAUAAUUUGUUAUUCCAAAGAAAGUAAAUCAUAAAAAUGAAUAUCACCCUGACAAGCUUAGAAGCUCUAAUAUUAAAAGCGACUCACGAAGCGCUACCAUGCCCGGACGCGAAUGCUUUGGAGGCGUUCUGCGCCGUGCUGCGGGUGGCUCCGGAGGGCCCGCAGCUGGCGGCGCAGGCCCUGGCGGCGCGCAUCCACUCGCCGAGCGCCAAGGAGGCGAUGCUCGCGCUGACGAUGUUGGACCGCUGCAUGCGCCGCUGCGACGCUCACUUUCACGCUGAAGUUGGAAAGUUUCGGUUUCUCAACGAAAUGAUUAAACUCGUCUCGCCCAAAUACUUUGCUGAUAGAACAGCACCUGAAGUACGGACUAGGGUGCUGCAAUUGCUUCACACUUGGUCAAUUGAAUACCCUAAGGAAACUAAGUUUAAGGUUGCUUUUGAUAUGCUUAAAAAUCAAGGGGUUGUGAAGGAGACACCGCCACCCUUGCCCCCUGAGGAGCCAGUACCGGCCCCUAAAGUCCGUGCUAAGAGUGCUAUAUUUGAAGAUGAAGAGAAGUCUAAGCUGCUUCAAAAGUUACUUCAAAGCAAAAAACCUGAAGAUCUCCAACAUGCCAAUAGACUGAUCAAGACUAUGGUUCGAGAAGAGGAGAGGCGCAGUGAGGCGAACAGCCGGCGCGCCCAAGAGGUCGGGGCCGCGUUGGACAGCGCAGGGCUGCUGCGAGACAUGCUGGAGCACGCGCACGACGCGUCGCGCGACGAGGAGCAGCUCAUCCACGAGCUGCACGCGAGUUGCGCGCGUCUGCGGCCCGUGCUACAACGCCUGGCCGCCUCCGACGCGCACGGCGAGUACCUGAGUGACAUCUUAAAUGCAAGUGAUGCACUUGAUGAAGUAUUUGCGAAGUACAACUUAUUUGUUAGUGAAAGAAAGUCAAAAUCUACCGAGCUUUCUGCAGAACCCACAACAACGGUGGAGACCAAUAGCGAAAGUCUUCUAGACUUCGCGGGCGCGAGUGCCAGGAAAGGAGGUGGUGAUGCCCCAAAGAAUUUGGAUAAAGUGACGCAAAGUAACGUGAUAGAUGAAUUAGGAGAUAUAUUCUCAACUGAAAGUGGCACAAGUCCUAUUGCUGAACCACUGAAGCCUGUUAACCUGAUGCCCAGUGACGAUGUUGAUCUCUUAGGAAAUAAAAAAGAUAAAGCUGAAGGAUGGAACGAAUUGGACUCUCUUAGCAAACAAUUACUCAAACAAUCUUUGCCUGAAAAUGCAAAAAUCCUUGACGGUUUCAAUAGCAAAACAACAAAGAAAAUACCAAUGAAUGCGUUAGAAAAGUCUUCACCUAAACAUGACGUACCAAUCGCUAACAAUGACCCAAUAUUUGAUUUAGAUUUCUUUAUCAAAAAGCCUGAGGAGGAAGCAGUUUGCACACCAGCUCCGACCACUUUACCAGUCAGUCCAAACGAUGACGUCAUGGUGGACAUCAGCACAGACGUUCCUAAUGCUUCAGGAUACAAUAACAACAACAACAACGGUGGGAGUCCCCUGGACGAGAUGCUAGAUAUAGGAUUAGAUAAUGAUGGUAUUCAAAGUAGCCAGGUAGAGAAUGUAGGGAAUAAAGAGGAACCUAUCAUUGAGAAGAGGGAUAGUAUUAAGAAUAACAAAGUUAGUGAGGUGAAGCCAUUGACUGACAUAAAUGUGACGCUGCAAAGUGUGCACCCGAGCAACGUGGCUCCGCUGACCGUGUUCGAGGAGGAAGGCGGCCUGUCGGUGGUGCUGCACUUCUGCAGGGACAAGCCCAGGCCCGACGUGUAUGUCAUUGUGAUAUCCACCACGAGCAAAAACACGUCGCCUAUAGAGGACUACAAAAUUCAAGCUGUUGUACCAAAGGGCUGCAAAGUGCGCCUACUCACGCCGUCGGGCGCGGCGCUGCCGGGCCGCAGCCCCUUCCUGCCGCCGCCGGCGCUCACCCAAGUCAUGCUGGUCGGACGCAGUGCGGGCGCGCGCGUGCCUCUCAAGUGCAUGCUCACCUACACCGUGGAAGGCGACGAGCGAUCAGAAAUGGCCGAGGUCGAUGAACUGCCGCUCGACGAUAUUUAAACCUUGGGCAGACCAAAUCCAGGGCAGUAGCAGCGCAGUUUGAAUGCGGGCCCGCGCAAGUUGUAAUACAAGAAACUCUUUGAAGUAUGUAUGUUACACCAAAUUUGAACGCGGGCCCGCGCUCCAACGCGCCGCACUGCAACUGC